UUUAUUCAUUUCAUCAAGUGACCCAUGUUCUGUGUGUAUAACAGGUGAUAAAUAUUUCACAUCCCGUUUCAUCCUACAUGGGAUCACACACACUACCCACGCACUCCUUUCAAGGCUUUAUUAACAAAACAACAGUAGGUAGAGCACUGAGUAACUGCAAUAAAAUCGCAAAAAAUUGAGCGGUAAAGACAGCGAAGUUUACUGUAAGGUAAGUUGAUAGCUUAAAAAUCCCUUCAGUCGAGAGUUAUUUAGUAAAACAGUCUGUUGUUGGACACUGGAAAAUACAGUCAUGCAGUAUUUAGCUUGUGUAAUCUUAGACAGAUUAUAACGAAUCAAUACCGACGGAAAAGGUUUAUAAUAAGUGAAUCCAAUAGCCGAUACACAAAACAUAUUGAAUCAAUUUAGUUCAGCAAUAUGCAAGUUUUGAUGGUUUAUGUUUAUGUAAGUGUAUAGCAUUCAGAACCAACAAUAAGAUUUAAGGCAAAGCUAAACAGCUCAUUGGGAUAUAAUUUUUAUGACAUAUAGAAUGAAAGUAAUUAUUUUCAAGUUCGGUGAUCAUGGUUAUGAACUAACUUAUUAGCAUAAAGGCCGGCAAACGAAGGCGAAUCUUUAUUGAACUUUGGCCCAAGUUAUAUAUACACGAUACCAUACAGAUUCGCUUUUUACGACAUCAACAUAUUAUUUCGUUCAGGAGUAAUGUCUGCCACAAAAUUGUUCCCCCUUCAACAGUUUUCAUUUGAUUUUGCCAUAUUAUCGCAAUUUUAAGUGUCAAGAUAUUCCUGAAACCGUCAAAUUCGAUGUCGUGACAAACGAAUCCGGUAUCGUGUAACUGAACAGAAUGAUACAGAGAAUCGCUUGGAAAUAUCGCCCAGCGCUUAUGAAUUGUUACCGGGGACAUUUUCAGCUCUAGAUUAGUAACAAAAUCAAGGUCUAAUGAGUGUUGCAACUAUGUUUCUAUUUGAUAGAAUAUACACUAUAGAACAGAUCAACAUGGGUAGGUUUGAGGUCUAUAGUUUAAUCUGAAAUAUAUACAUAUGAGGAAAUACUAUAUUUAAAAGAAAAACAACUCCGGAAUAAACAGUUGUAGACAAACUUUGUUUCCAAAAGUACUGCUAAAAUAUUUGAACCCAAAUAUUUGAACCAAAAUGUUUGACUCAAGAGUCAAGACACUCAGUGAACACCUGUUUCAACCGCCUACCUUAAUUCGGAUGCGAAAGUCAAGUAUUCGUUAAUUACGUAUCAUUACAUGUAAAGGAAAGCAACAAUUUGCCAUCCAAUUUUCCAACCAAAUUUUGAUCGACUUGGCCUACGGCCAUUUGCUGCGCAAAUAUUUGAUAACUUUUGAGUUAACCUGAUGAUAGGCAAACACACACAUACAUUGCACAUGCACACAUAAUCAGACUGGGGUGAAGAUCAGAACUUUCUCUGUCACACUGUGACGAAAGACUGCAGAUACCCUUCAAGUAUAGCAGACGUGAAUCUACCUCUAUACGACUUGUAUAGAUCCAUUGCGGUUGACCUCAAAAUGAGGCGGAGGAUAACUUGAAAAGAUUCGCUACUCAGUAGUGAGCUCCAGUUCCGUUCAUGAUAAGCAUAUUUUUGCUAUAGUAUAGGUCAAAAUAUGCAAUCAAAAGAUCCUAAGGGGUCAUCACAGGUUCGGGUGUUUUGCUAUAUCUUUGCAGGUGCAAAAUCAUGGCUGGUGGUAUUAAUGGUGGCGUGCAGUAUCUAAAGUCCGCUCCCGGAGUUUUGAAAAUUCUGGAAAUUGUAAGCACUAAUGUUUGAUAUUGCGACCAACCUGCGAACGGGCAUACUCUGGGUACCUGCCUGCUAACGGGCAUAGAUACGAGAUUGAGCUGAAUUGGGCCAAUAUGCAAGCGUCUGUGUCGAAGGCUUGCUACGGGUCGUACAAUGGCAGCCAGAGGCACCUUGCUUGAUCACGGAGUACAGUUAAAGGAGCAGUGUCACCAAUUUUUGACCAAAAAUGUCUUUUUAUUCGAAGUCUAACCUGCGAAUUUGAAAAUAGACAUUAUAAAUAGGUUCAGUUAUGAUAUGCGAAUCAUAUUAAACAACUGUGAACUUCCACACAACAUGUAAGACGACAUUUUCAUACAAAUUGACCUAAACUUGAAAAAGUGUCUGCCAACAAUUAAUCAAGAUGUCAUUUACAAUCCAUCUCAAUCCUCGCCUAAUCUCAACCAUCUAGACUUCUGUACAUUUUUUUGUAUUUGUUAUUGUUUUAUGUUGUGCUUACAGCCAUUCUUUUUGGGUUUUGUGCAAGAUUCCUAGAGAUUUGCGAGGGUCAAAAUCGGUGACACUGCCCCUUUAAGGUUUUGAGUGAGAGGGAAAAGCCGGAAGACCCGGUAAAAAACCUUCGAAGCACAAAAGAGAACCAACUCUUCAGGGGUGACCCCCCCCAAAAAAAAAUCCAUGUCAAUUCAACACAUCAAAGGCAUAUUUUAUGUUCAAUUUUUCCGUCUAGAUACUUCAACUAGCCUGCGUUGGCUCCGUGGGGUAUUUCUGGGACCACUGGGCUUGGAAAGACCUUGUGAAAAACGACUACAUCAAGGUCUUCCUUUGGUCAACAGCAGCAUCUGGAAUAAUAACACUGCUGUUCUUUCUCAUAUUUCUCAUUGGUUUACAUAAGAAAAUCAAAUUUCUUAACUGGGCAAAGAUAGUAUGUUCAUAGUUAUUAUUCGCUCUACAACAUUUAAUAUAUUGGGAGUAAUUAAAAGGCUACAUGACUAUACAUGCAUGGCUACCUGUCUAUGUGGUUACCUGAUUUUGUGGCUACGUGACUAUAUCUGAUUUCGUAGGUACGUGGCUACUUACGGUGUUUCAGUAUUAAAAAAACAAAAAAUCACAAUUGAUCGGUUCCCUGACUCGCCCCCACCCGAGAGAGCUGCUCGAACCCUUUUGCUUAGAGAGGGGCUCCAACCCUUUUGCUUGUAGGCAGUAGCCAGUAGCCAUGCAUAUAUACUGAGUUCAAUUUUGUGAUCUGGUAUAUUCUAAAGUUGUACCCAUUAAAAAGUGUUUCUUGCAUCUUAGGCUGCUGCUAUUUUCAUUCUUUUGGCUAGCUUACUGUUUGUUGUCUCAGGGUUGUUGGCAAAUACUCUAAUAUAUUACAAAGACAAGGAACAUUGCAACGCAUUGGAACUUUCGGAUGCAGACAGUCAGUGUAAACAGCUGACAGCAGGAAUUGUAAGUUUCCUUCUUAAUUUUUUUACAUUUCUCUCCUUGUUGCGCUACCAUUUUGCUUGUGCAAUCUAUGUUGAUUAAUAGAGGGUCUGAAUGGGGUUAACUGACUACCGACAUUUGCCUGAAUUUUUUACUGACAACUGACAAAAUAUCCCAACUAACAACUGAGAAAUGAUGAAAAAAUGAUGAGUCAGCAUUUUGCAGUUACUGACUACUGACAGCUUGCAAUAUAUCACACUGACAACUGGCUUAAAUUUUAGCUGACAACUGACACCCAAAGACCCCCAUUAAGACCCUCUUAAUAGACAAAUUUGGCUAACGUUGUUUACAUCGUAGCCUGCUCGCAGCCCCCCCCCCCCCGAAAGUUAGGGAUUUCCGGUUCAUGAAUUCUAUUUUAAAAUGCAUGAAUGCCAUCAUUGUUCUCUAACUUCUCUUUUUCAAAUAGGUGUGUGGUUUCUUCGCGGGAGCAAUUCUUCUUGUAGAUGGUAUUGUUCAUUUCAAAUUGUGAUAUAGUGUCAUAAAUAGUAAAAUAUAAACCUAUGGCUAUAUGGCAUAUAUUACGUGUAAUAAUCACUGAUAAAAAUAAUACACAAAUUGUAGUUCUUUUCACCCUUUGAAGUCAGUACAUGUACUAAUAAUUAGCGCUACAGUUUGAUGACUCGACGAAUCGUAAACGCAACACUGUCUGCUGACAAUUUUCCACCCCCUCCCGAAUUUUUCAUCGGAUUGCUACACUCUGAAAAAGAUUUCGGCUCUCAGCGAUGCCACUGGUCGUAGCGCGUAUAAACGUACGUUUACCAGACCCAUAUUUGUUGUCAAUAUUUCACCGACUAUGUCACUUGCUCACAAAAAAACUAAGAAUAACAUGCCACACGGGUCCAUGCGAUUGAUGAGAAUUCAACGAGAUUUCUCCAUUUCUCCAAGUUUCGAAAAUAUCGCCAUGUUUGAAAGAUAGAUCUACCUAUCAAUGAUUGGAUCGACCGAUCAAUGAUAUUACAUUUCUGGGUUUAUCACACGCCGUGUUCCAACACAUAAGUUUCGUGUAAAACAAACGCGUGAGAAAACCUUUAAAUGUUGUACCUUUCCGCACGGUCUUUACUUAACUGAUAUCAUAGUUGAAUACGUUCUUGGGCAUCCAGAUGAAAACGUCU